UGAUGCACCAGCGCACCCACACCGGCGAGCGCCCCUACACCUGCAAUGACUGCGGCAAGGGCUUCACCCGCUUCGGCAACCUGCUGGUGCACCAGCGCACCCACAGUGGAGAGCGCCCCUACACCUGUGUCCAGUGCGGCAAGGGCUUCACCCACUCCAGCCACCUGCUGAGGCACCAGCGCACCCACACCGGCGAGCGCCCCUACACCUGCACCCAAUGCGGGAAGAGAUUCACCCGCUCCACCUAUCUGCUGUCCCACCAGCGGGUGCACGACGGCAACUGUCCCUUCACCAGCCCGGUGUGUGGAGAGCGCUUUGCCAUGGCCUCCCACACCCUGUCUCACCAGCACAUGCACACCAGUGGCCAGCCCUACGACUGCCCGUACUGCGGUGAGGAGUUUGACAGCUCACGGGGGUUGCGGCGGCACCGGCGGACCCACGUCGGCGACCAGCUGCUCCCACUGUGACAACAGAGCAUGGGGGCUGCGGGAGCACCAGCGGAUAUACACCGGAGAGAGACCCUUUGUGUGCACUGAGUGUGGCAAGGGUUUCACCCGCAUGUCCAACCUGUGGCAGCACCGGCGUAUCCACGGCGGUGAGAGUCCCUUCCCCUGCCCAUCCUGUGGUAAGGGCUUCACCCGCCUUGACCACUUGCAGGAGCACUGGCGAGUCCACACCGGUCAGUGCCCCUUCACCUGCCCGCUCUGUGGCAAGGCCUUUGCCCGCUCCUCCAGCCUGCUGGCACACCGCCAUGUAGAUAGGUUGGCGCUGUUUAGGUAAACACAAAAUGCUGGAAGGGUAACGUUUCGGAUGGUUUCUUCAGUCACCCAUUCCCUCUCUCCAGAGAUGCUGCCUGUCCCGCUGAGUUACUCCAGCACUUUGUGUCCUUUUUUGUAAACCAGCAUCUGCAGUUACUUGUUUUUAAGCCAUUCUGGACCUGCACCUUCCCCAAAGCCUCCACAUCAGUCCUGUAAUGGAAUGACCAGAACUGUAUGCAAAUGCUACCUGACCAAUGUCCCUUAAAGCUGCACAUAUACAUUCCUCUCUCUCCCCUCUCCCUUCUCUCCCCCCCCCACUCCUACACAAAAUCUCUCCACUCCACCCCCUCAUGCCCCUCCUCUCUCUCACACUCCCUCUCUUGCUCCCUAUCUCUCUCCCAUAGCCCCUCACUCGCUCCCACUCAGACACACAAACACUCUCUCACACACACAAACAGUCUCUCACACACACACACGACACUCCCCCUCUCUCUCAAACACACACACACAGUCCCCCUCUCCCUCUCACACACAGCACUCCCCCUUUCCCUCUCUCCCUCUCUCUCACCUACACACACAAACAGUCUCUCACACACACACACAACACUCCCCCCUCUCUCUGUCACACACACACACUGUCCCUCUCUGUCACACACACACUCCAUCUCUCUUUCACACACUCCCUCUCUCUUUCACACACGCACUCUCACACACGCACUCUCUCUCACACACACACUCUCUCACACACACACACACACUCACGCACACACUCGGUUCGCAAUAACCAACCUGAUCUCCUGGUGGCUCAGCACCUCAACUCCUCCAUGGCCAGAGUGAGGCCCACCGUAAAUUAGAACAGCAGCACCUCAUAUUUCGCUAGGGCAGUUUGCACCCCAGCGGCAUGAACAUUGACUUAAACAUAGAAACAUAGAAAAUAGGUGCAGGAGGAGGCCAUUCAGCCCUUCGAGCCAGCACCGCCAUUCAUUGUGAUCAUGGCUGAUCGUCCCCUAUCAAUAACCCGUGCCUGCCUUCUCCCCAUAUCCCUUGACGCCCUAGAGUAUCUAGCUCUCUCUUAAAUCCAUCCAGUGAUUUGGCCUCCACUGCCCUCUGUGGCAGGGAAUUCCACAAAUUCACAACUGUCUGGGUGAAAACGUUUUUUCUCAUCUCAGUUUUAAAUGGCCUCCCCUUUAUUCUAAGACUGUGGCACCUGGUUCUGGACUCGCCCAACAUAGGGAACAUUUUUCCUGCAUCUAGCUUGUCCAGUCCUUUUAUAAUUUUAUAUGUUUCUAUAAGAUACCCCCUCAUCCUUCUAAACUCCAGUGAAUACCAGCCUAGUCUUUUCAAUCUUUCCUCAAAUGACAGUCCCGCCAUCCCUGGGAUCAACCUUGUUAGCUAAUUUCAGGUAGUCCCUACUUACUCCUCCCCUUCUCAGCUCUCCCUCAGCCCACUUGCUCCACCUCCUCCUUUCUUCUUCCCCCCUCCCCCACCCUCACAUCAGUCUGAAGAAGGGUUUCAACCCGAAACAUUGCCUAUUUCCUUCACUCCAUAGAUGUUGCCUCACCCGCUGAGUUUCUCCAGCAUUUUUGUCUCCCUUCGAUUUUCCAGCAUCUGCAGUUCCUUCUUAAGCAUUUUAAAUUGUUUUUUUAAAGAAUGUUUUGACGCAUUUGUGCCUUACGUAACAAAUAAAACAAGUUUAUCCUGACCUCACUGUGAAAGAAUUUAAUUUGGUCCGUAAAUUAAAAAUGCAGAUUUGCUGAAAAACAGAAAGCAGUCAAAUUUAAAAGAGAAUUUUCCCAGCAGCAUAAAGUCUGGGAAAAUCUUAGAAGCUUGGUUUACACUAAUCAUUGAAACAAUAUAUCAACAAUGUAUUAACAUAGAGAUGCAUAGUCUGGGCACAGCACCAUAUUAGAUAUCUGUCUGAACUGCCUGUCCCAGCUAAGGACAAGGUAGUGGCUUUCAUCCAAGUCUUACAAGCUUGUUUUAGUUCACAGACGGAUGCCCAUUCUGGAACCAAGAUGGAAGUCAUUUGAAAACAAAAUGGAGUUAGAUGUCCUUCCGGAAUGG